CCCUCAUAACACUUCGUCAACCUCGCUCAAGAUGUGAUGUGAGCGAAUUUGUUGUGAGCUGGUUAUUAUCUCUUCUCACAAUCAAACGCUACGUAAUAGGUAUUAUCCAAGUCGACGCCUGUUCCGAGACGGUUCCGUCCGCCCCUCCAUGAUCCCGCUCUUAUCGCUUAUCGAUCCCACUUGAGGAGGCUUCGGUUGGUGCCCCCUCCAAACGUCUGUGGUCCUAGGCCAGUUUUCAAUCGCUUUCAGAAUUCAUUUGGCUGGUCAAAGAGAGGAUACUUUGCUAGGGGAAAAUAGAGACAGAAAACAAACAUGGCUCCCAAGGCCAAUAUUCCCAUCAUCGAUAUUGCCUCCCCUGACGUCGACAGGGCAAACGUCGCGCGACAGCUCGUCGACGCCGCUGCUGAGCACGGCUUCAUCUAUAUCCGCAGCACUGGCAAGUAUGUUGCGCUCGGCGAUAUCGACACGGCCUUCAGCCUGUCCAAGAAGCUCUUCAAGUCUCCCGUAGAGGAGAAGGCCGCCUGCACGAUCCAGAAGAACAACCGCGGCUGGUCGGGCAUGCACUCUGAAACUCUGGACCCCAAGAACCAGAAGGUCGGCGAUUACAAGGAGGCCUUCAACUUUGGAGAGUUCAGAGACGGCAAGGCCCAGCAGCCGCUCCCCCAAACCAUCCAACCAGAUGAGCCAUUUGUCAACUCCUUCAGUGACCAAUGCCACGCCCUCUGCCUAGAGCUCCUCGAGCUCCUCGGCAUCGGCCUCGAAGUCGACCCUCCCACCUUCUUCUCCUCCGCCCACCUCCGCUCCCGAGGCGAAUCCGGCACCAUCUUACGCAUGCUCUACUACCCGCCGACCUCUUCUACCACCGCCUCCCCGGACGACAUCCGCGCCGGUGCCCACUCCGACUACGGCUCGUUGACCCUGCUCUUCCGCCUCCGCGGCCAGGCUGGCCUCGAGAUCCUCACCCGCGACAACGCAUGGGCGCCCGUUCCUGUCACCCCGCCCGGCACGGAAUCCGACGUUUCCCCGCCCAUCCUCGUCAACAUCGGGGACCUGCUGAGCUACUGGACCAACGGACUGUUCCGGAGCACCGUCCACCGCGUCGUCUUCGGGGGAGAAGUUGCUGAGGGCGAGACGGACACAGGGCCGCGGUACAGCAUGGCCUUCUUCUGCCACCCCGUCGGGUCCGUGGAGUUGGACCCUGUGCCGAGCGAGAGGGUCAAGGGGUUUGUCGCGCCAGAAGGGACGCCGAAUGCGAAUCCGUACGCGGAGAGGAAGGUGUUGACCGCGGAUGAGCAUUUGUUCAUGAGGCUGAGGGAGAGCUACAAGGGUUUGUACAAGGAUGAGACCAAGGCGUGAUGCGAUGACGAACGAGUUUGGAGGUACAAAUACGGGAUUCCGUCGGGAUUUCGGUGGCUGACUACUACCCGCCGACGCCGUGGGGUGUAGGCUUGUGACUACACUAUGCAGAAGAAGAAAAACCAGAAAAGUACUAC